UAUAUGGAGGAAGAACCCAAAGUUUGUUUUCUGGAGUUUUGCUUCUUCUUCGAUAUUGUACUCUGGAAGAAUGUUUCAAAGUGAUCUUGUACAGAGUCCAAGCCUACAGAUGGAGCAAUGCAUAUGCCUUGAACCAGGUAUGUUCGUCUUGCCAUUUUCUCUCUAUUAAUAACGUUUUCUCAGAUGGAUUUUCUGCUAGACUUGCUCUUUUUGAAGACUAUGGUAUAUUUAAGAAAAUACUGUAGUUGUUUAGAGAAGUUAUCUUGCUUAUAAGUUUUUAAACUUUAUUAAGAGCAAUCAAUCCCUUUUGUCUACUUACUUGAUAUGAGAUAUGAGAAGUUAACAAGAAACAGCCAAUGGGUUAUUUCAGUUUUGGUCCUUUUUCCUGUUCGUUAGUGUUAGUUACCAAAAGCGAGGCUGUGAUUUGGUGAAGGAGAGAAGUUGGUAAUCUUUUAGAGGAGGAAAAUCUCUUAAGCCAGGUAAGUUUUUAUUGGUAGUCUUUAGUAUCCAAUAAUGGAUGAUACUCAUCUAGAUUUUCAUCUAUUUUUAGACAGAGAAUAAUAAUCAUAUCUUUCUCCAUCCCUGAUCUUUCUCUCUCUCUCUCUACAGUUUUUUUUUGUUCAUCUUGGAAAAAAACCUUUGACCUUUCCAUUAUAAUUUUCAAUUUAAGCUUUUCAACAAGAGACAAAUGCCAUUUUGUAUUAUUGUAAUGUGUUGUUUGAUCUAGCAAUCAUUCUUCUCAUGAGCUUUUAUUCAUGCUUGUCUGUUAUAGUUUCCCUUCUUUAUCCUCCUCUCCUCUUCCUUUGACUCCUUUCCUCGAUAAGGCCUCACAAAACGAUCUCAUGAAAAGAUUCUUUUUCUGCAACUAUCUGGUUGUUUCAUUUCUGCCCUGUUCUCCUCGCUUCAAUUACUUCUUCCAAAGGACCUGACCACACGUUUGUGUUUCCAGAAAUUUCCUGUUUUGAUUUGUUGCCGUGUUAUUGUUUCUUGUUGCGUACCAGUCUCUUGCAGUCUAAAUGGGGGUCUGCUGUAGCAAGGGCACAGGGAUAGUUGUGGAGAAUGGCACUGAUGAUAAUAAUGAAUAUGGAGAUGGGGAGGCUGAGGUUAGGGACACAAAUGAUGGAGCCGUUAUAAGGUCGCGUGGAUCAUCCAAACAUGUUUCCAUGGCAAUCAAACAAGGAAAAAAAGGGAUAAAUCAAGACGCCAUGACAGUCUGGGAGAAAUUUGGUGGAGAGGAAGAUAUGAUCUUUUGCGGUGUAUUUGACGGUCACGGUCCUAUGGGUCACAAGAUUUCUCGUCAAGUAUGUGAAAAUUUACCUUCGAGGGUUCAUUCGAAAAUUAGAUCUUUCAAAACUGGUGGUGAAAACAUAGAGAAUAAUAGUUCACAGAGUCAGGAGGAACUCUUCCGUGAAUUUGAGGACAUUCUAGUGACAUUUUUCAAGCAAGUAGACAGCGAACUUGGUCUUAACUCUCCAUAUGAUAGUUUUUGCAGUGGUACAACUGCUGUCACCGUCUUUAAACAGGGUGACUGUUUGAUGAUCGCCAAUUUGGGAGAUUCACGAGCUGUUCUUGGCACCCGAAGCAAGAACAGUUUCAAAGCCGUCCAGCUCACGGUUGAUCUGAAACCAUGUGUCCAACGCGAAGCAGAGAGAAUAGUGUCAUGUAAGGGAAGGGUGUUUGCAAUGGAGGAGGAACCCGAUGUUUAUAGAGUGUGGAUGCCGGAUGAUGAUUGCCCGGGGCUAGCAAUGUCAAGGGCUUUUGGUGAUUUCUGCCUCAAAGACUAUGGACUUGUUUGUAUUCCUGAGGUCUUUUGCAGAAAAGUUGGUAGAGAAGACGAGUUUGUGGUUCUAGCUACCGAUGGGAUUUGGGAUGUUUUGUCAAACGAAGAAGUGGUGAAAAUUGUAGGUUCUUGUAAGGACCGGUCAACGGCAGCUGAGACGUUGGUUCAGCGAGCUGCUCGGACUUGGAGAACAAAGUUUCCAGCCUCUAAAGCUGAUGACUGUGCAGUGGUGGUGCUUUACCUAAAGCACCGGCCUUACCCAAGAGAAGGAAACGUGAGCCGAGCAAUGUCGACUAUUUCCUGGAGAUCAAGUAAGAGCAAUAACGAGUGUUAUGGAGUCGCACCAUGGUCACAGAUGGGUCUAUCUCAGAGGGUUUCAUAGUAGGACCAUUGUAUUUGUUAUUGUUGUUAUUUCUAAUUGUUUAGUAAAAUCUGAACCUGUUGAGUAAAUAAGUCGAUGCUGCUCAACAUCAACUUUGUUUGUGCGUAAAAAAAAAAAAAUUUGGAUUCGAGUCCUAAUGGAUAAGGCGUUUGACUUCUAAUCAAACGAUAUGGGUUCGAAUCCCACCGGGUGUGUUGGUGAAAUUUUGCUGAAGUUGACGAAAACAAAUUA